AUGCCGCGCCCGCCCCCCGGCUUCCGGUGCUGCGCAGUUUCCGGAGCGGAUCGCAACCCGGAGUCCGGAUCCGACCCCGCUCUGCACAUUCCACAGGUGUCAGCAAUGGCUGAAGAUGGCAACGAAGAGAUCAUGUUUAUCUGGUGUGAAGACUGUAGCCAGUACCACGACUCAGAGUGUCCUGAACUGGGACCUGUGGUCAUGGUCAAGGACUCCUUUGUACUGAGCAGGGCAAGGUCCUCCCUCCCCUCUAACCUGGAGAUCAGACGCCUGGAUGACGGGGCUGAAGGUGUGUUUGCAGUAACCCAGCUAGUCAAGCGCACACAAUUUGGUCCAUUCGAGUCCAGGAGGGUCGCCAAGUGGGAGAAGGAAUCUGCAUUUCCUCUGAAGGUAUUCCAGAAGGAUGGGCAUCCUGUGUGCUUCGACACUUCCAACGAGGAUGACUGCAAUUGGAUGAUGUUGGUGCGGCCAGCACUAGAGCCUGGGCACCAGAACCUGACAGCCUACCAGCAUGGCAGUGAUGUAUAUUUCACCACCUCAAGGGAUAUCCCUGCAGGCACUGAACUUCGUGUGUGGUAUGCUGCAUUUUAUGCCAAGAAGAUGGACAAGCCCAUGCUGAAGCAGGCCUGCUCUAGCAUUCAGGCUGUGGGCACCCCUGAGCCCAGUGUCCCUACAGAGCCUGAGCGUGGCCAAUGGGUGUGUAAGGUGUGCUCCAGUACCUUCCUGGAGCUUCAGCUCCUGAAUGAGCAUCUCUUGGGCCACCUGGAGCAAGCCAAAAGCCUUCCUGCAGGUGGCCAGCAGCAUGAGACAGCCUCUGAGAAGGAGCCUGACGCACCCAGGAGGGAGACUCCCACAGCAGCUGAGAGCAAGAGUAUCCAGAGUGUUGUGGCCACCAAAGAGCCAAAGAAAAAGCCUCGAAGGGGGAGGAAACCCAAAGCAUCCAAGGUUGAGCAGCCUCUGGUCAUUAUCAAAGAGAAGGAGCCCUCAGAGCACGUGGCAGAGAUCAUUACUGGUCCCCCAGAUGAGCCUGUGAGUGCAACACCAGAUGAACGGAUAAUGGAACUAGUCUUGGGGAAGCUUGCCACCCCCACAAAUGAAGUCAGCUCAGUGCCAAAGUUCACACAUCAUCAAAGCAGCACCAUUGCCCUCAAGAGGGGCUUGGUUCUGUCCAGCAGACAUGGCGUCCGGCGGAAACUCGUACGGCAGCUGGGUGAGCAUAAACGAAUCCAUCAGUGUGGCACCUGCAGCAAGGUCUUCCAGAACAGCAGCAACCUGAGCCGGCACGUGCGCUCGCACGGUGAGUGCGCGCACGGUGACAAGCUGUUUAAAUGUGAGGAAUGUUCGAAACUGUUCAGCCGUAAGGAAAGUCUAAAGCAACAUGUCUCCUAUAAGCACAGCCGGAAUGAGGUGGAUGGUGAGUACCGCUAUCGCUGUGGCAGCUGUGGAAAGACCUUCCGCAUGGAGAGUGCACUGGAGUUUCACAACUGUAGGACAGAUGACAAGACGUUCCAAUGUGAGAUGUGUUUCAGAUUCUUCUCCACCAACAGCAACCUCUCCAAACACAAGAAGAAACAUGGGGACAAGAAGUUUGCCUGUGAGGUCUGCAGUAAGAUGUUCUACCGCAAGGAUGUCAUGCUGGACCACCAGAGGCGGCACCUGGAUGGUGUGCGGAGAGUGAAGAGAGAAGACUUGGAGGCCAGUGGGGAAAGCCUGGUUCGUUACAAGAAGGAACCUUCUGGAUGCCCAGUGUGUGGCAAGGUGUUCUCUUGCCGGAGCAACAUGAACAAACAUCUGCUGACCCACGGUGACAAGAAAUACACCUGCGAGAUCUGUGGGCGCAAGUUCUUCCGAGUGGACGUACUCAGGGACCACAUCCACGUCCACUUCAAGGACAUUGCACUAAUGGAUGACCACCAGCGGGAGGAGUUCAUCGGCAAGAUCGGGAUCUCCUCGGAGGAGAAUGAUGACAACUCUGAUGAGAGUGCGGACUCUGAGCCACACAAAUACAGCUGCAAGAGGUGCCAGCUCACCUUCGGCCGUGGGAAGGAGUAUCUGAAGCACAUCAUGGAGGUACACAAGGAGAAGGGUCAUGGCUGCAGCAUCUGCCACCGGCGCUUUGCACUCAAGGCCACCUACCAUGCCCACAUGGUCAUCCACCGAGAGAACCUGCCUGACCCCAAUGUGCAGAAGUACAUUCAUCCCUGUGAGAUCUGUGGGCGGAUCUUCAACAGCAUCGGGAACCUGGAACGCCACAAACUCAUCCACACAGGUGUGAAAAGCCAUGCCUGUGAGCAGUGUGGGAAGUCCUUUGCCAGGAAAGACAUGCUAAAAGAACACAUGCGUGUGCACGACAACAUCCGAGAGUACCUGUGUGCUGAGUGCGGGAAAGGCAUGAAGACCAAGCAUGCGCUGCGCCACCACAUGAAGCUGCACAAGGGCAUCAAGGAGUAUGAGUGCAAAGAAUGUCACCGCAAGUUUGCCCAGAAAGUGAACAUGCUCAAGCACUACAAGCGGCACACAGGAAUUAAAGAUUUUAUGUGUGAAUUGUGUGGAAAGACAUUCAGUGAGAGGAACACAAUGGAGACACACAAGCUCAUCCACACAGUAGGCAAACAGUGGACCUGUUCCGUGUGUGACAAGAAGUAUGUCACGGAGUACAUGCUGCAGAAACAUGUCCAGCUCACCCAUGACAAGGUAGAAGCACAGAGCUGCCAGCUGUGUGGCACCAAGGUGUCCACCCGGGCCUCCAUGAGCAGACAUAUGCGGCGCAAGCACCCUGAGGUCCUCGCUGUGCGGAUUGACGAUCUGGACCACCUCCCUGAGACUACCACCAUCGACGCCUCCUCCAUCGGCAUUGUCCAGCCUGCACUGGGUCUGGAGCAGGAAGAACUGGCAGAGGGUAAGCAUGGGAAAGCUACCAAGCGCAGCCACAAGAGAAAGCAGAAGCCAGAGGAAGAGGCAGGGGCUCCAGUGCCUGAGGACACCACCUUCAGCGAGUACCCAGAAAAGGAGCCAGAGUUCUCCGGCAGUGUGGGUGAUGUAACAAACUCUGCUGUGCAGAGUAUCCAACAGGUGGUGGUGACCUUAGGGGACCCCAGUGUGACUACUCCAUCAAGUUCUGUCGGCCUGACCAACAUCACUGUGACCCCCAUCACCACUACAGCUGGGACUCAGUUUACCAAUCUACAGCCAGUGGCUGUUGGACACCUUACCAACCCUGAACGCCAGCUACAGCUGGAUAACUCGAUCCUGACUGUCACCUUUGACACUGUCAGUGGCUCUGCCAUGUUGCACAACCGCCAAAAUGAUGUCCAGAUCCAUCCACAGCCAGAAGCUUCAAACCCUCAGUCAGUGGCCCAUUUUAUCAACCUCACCACACUGGUGAACUCCAUCACACCACUGGGGAGUCAGCUCAGUGAGCAGCACCCACUGACAUGGCGGGCUGUGCCCCAGACAGAUGUGCUACAGCCACCACAGGCUCCUGCAGCCCCGCAGCAGGCAGUGCAACCCCAGGUACAGAAUGAACAGCAGCAGAUGUACAGCUACUGAUAAUGCAGCUGCAGAUCUGGCUGAGCUGCAGGGAGGGCUCUGAGGCCUUGAGGUUUAUUUGCUGGGAACCAAACAGGAAGAGUAUGCACAUGGCAGGGUCACUGAGAUUGGGUUAGCAUUGCAAAGUUACCAGCUUAGCUUGUGACAUUGCCUUUGAUAAGCAGGAGUUUAAAGCACUCCGUGGAGUUCCACCAUGUGCUUCCCCAAGGUGGUGCAGUCUUGCCAGACAUCAGUAUCACCCUCAGAGGUCUGUAAUUGUCAUGGGGCUCAGGGACACAGACAGCAGGGUCCUAGAAGUAGGUGUGAUAUCCUGAGGCCCAGGGAGAUUUGAUCUG